AUAUAUUUAAUACGAGAAUAUACCGAAAUAAAAAAAAAUAAAAUAACAAUAUAUACAUCUCAAAAGCAUUGCUGGUGCAGAAAGCUGAUUCUUAAUCUUCAAUUUAAAACAAGAGAAGCCUUAGCUCUCUAGGACUUUAUGUUCCAUUUCAAGUCUUUAAAAAGCAAAAAAAGGAAAGCGCCACAAGAAACGGCACAAAUAGCUAAAUGGGUCAGGGACUAUAACGAUCUCAACUCAGUCCUAGUUGAGUAUUUACGUGCUCGGCCACGUAACUAAAACAAAGAAAUGCGAAUUUUAUAAACGAAAAGCAAAGAAAUCACCAUACAGUCAAAAGUAAAUGACAACAAAUUGCCUUCACGGUGCGCAUAUAACAUAUAAGCAAUUAUAAGCUUAAAAAAAAGGAUACUAUCGUACGAAGUAUUUUGUCAACAUCAGCCUUUACAUAUUUUUCCAAAAAAUUUCGAAAAUGGCCACCGUCAACGUUAACCGUAGUGUGACAGAUAUCUUCUAUCGUUAUAAAAUGCCGCGCCUUCAAGCAAAAGUAGAAGGAAAAGGCAACGGCAUCAAAACUGUUUUGGUUAAUAUGGCUGAAGUUGCACGCGCUAUUGGCCGUCCGGCCACCUAUCCGACAAAGUACUUUGGCUGUGAGCUGGGCGCCCAAACGCUUUUCGAUCAUAAGAAUGAACGGUUUAUUGUUAAUGGAUCGCAUGACGUGAACAAGCUUCAGGAUUUGUUGGAUGGCUUCAUUCGAAAGUUUGUUUUGUGCCCCGAAUGCGAUAACCCAGAAACUAAUCUGACCGUAUCAGCUAAGAACCAGACAAUCUCGCAGUCUUGCAAGGCAUGCGGCUUCCAUGGUCUGCUUAAGGUGAACCACAAAGUGAACACAUUUAUUGUGAAAAAUCCACCAUCACUUAAUCCAGCCGCUCAGGGCUCUUCGCUCACUGAGGGGAAACGCUCAAGAAAACAGAAACAGAAGAACGAAAACUCUGAUGGAUCAAUGUGUAACAACUCAAUAGCCAACAACUCUGGCGGAGAGUCAGAUGGCGGCAAUGGCCCCAACCAGGCCAGCCAAACAGAGGCUGAAAUAAGCGCGGCCAUUCCAGAAAAAAAUAUAACUGAGGACGAUGAUGAUGGCUGGAGCGUCGACGUAUCUAAGGAGGCCAUACGGGCGCGAUUACAAGAUCUAACUGAUGGUGCUAAGGGCAUGACAAUUUCGGAGGACUACGACAAGACCGAAAAGGAACGCAUUGAUAUCUUCUAUGAAUUGGUAAAAAACAAGCGUGACAAAAGACAGCUGGACGAUGUUGCUAUACACAAAGAGCUGCUGAUCGAAGCAGAACGAUUGGAUAUAGUUAACAAAUCCCCGCUAGUUCUCGCUGAGCUUUUGUUUACUGAGAACAUUAUUAAUGACGUUCGCAAAAACCGCAUCUUGUUACUUCGCUUUACUCAUAAUAAUCCAAAAGCACAGCGCUAUUUAAUUGGCGGCAUCGAGCAGACUGUCGAGCUUCAUACGAACACGUUAAUGAGCAAGGUCGCCGGGAUAUUCAAAAUCUUUUACGAUUUGGACAUACUCGAUGAAAAGGUCAUUCUGGACUGGGCACAGAAAGUGAGCAAACGACAUGUUUCCAAGAAAAUUGCCACCGAGAUUCAUGAGAAGGUAAAGCCGUUUGUACAGUGGCUCAAAGAUGCCGAGGAAGAAGAUUCCUCUUCUGGAGACGAUGACGAUGCUGCUGGCGAUUCUGAUGUGGAGAUUGAGUACGAUGAUCGGGCCCGCAUUGAACCAUUGAAGGUGGCCGUAGCCAUGGAACGUGGCCUUGGCGUUGUGUCUAGUAAGAAAGUCCAAGAGGAUGAGGAGGGGGAUGAAAUUGAUAUAGACGACAUAUAGUCAACCAACAAUGUUUUUUAAAUGGAAUCGCCAUUGUUCUGUGCUUUUAAGAGGGUCAUCGUAAGAACUAUUACGAUGUUGCUUUUCUUUGAUUUACAGCCUUGCUAUAUUUCGAUUGCAAGCAUUGCAUUAAUUAACCAGCUAUCAAACAAAAAAGUUAAUUGAACUUAAUAACAUCAAGUUAAUUUAACUUAAUUACAUCUACAUAUAUACAGAAAAUAAAAAUUCAACAGCAUGCAAUAG